CACAAUCUUUCAAAUUCUUACUGAGUUUCCAUAUUUUGCCGCCCAGAGAUUGUGUUUGUGGAAGAAACCGAAGAUGACAAUGGAGGAUAUGGAUGAACCUCUCGAUUUCGAGGCCGAAGACCUGCAACUCCGGUCUCUUCCUCCCGUUAAAAAGAGGAAACAACUCAUUAACUUGGAUGAUCUUUUAAAUGAUCACAUGAAGGAGAAAGAGACUCUGAAAAAUAAAAGAUUAAAGAAGGCUAAGCGUGAAAUGAAAAGAUGCACUUCAGAUGAUGAGGAGGAGGACAACAGAGUCGUUUUGUUGACUGAAUGUGUAGAUAGAUGCCAAAAAGAGAUUGGACAAAUAAGCGGUGAUGAUGAAAUCCACAAGUGGGGACUACAUAUGUUCAGGAAUCAGAAGUCUCCUCCACCAACAACUGAGUCUUAUGAGCUUGAAAGCUGUGGCUUUUUCCAGUCAUUUAUGUCGAACAAGUUAAACUUGAUUGUUGAACUUGACAUUACGAAAGGAGAUGCUUUUUUUGAACAGCUAUUGAUCAAUGGAUGGCUGAUAAAAUUGGUUCUUAAUUAUGGUCAUGUUGAGAGGCCAAUUGCCUUGUGGACUUUUGGCAAAGUGAUGUACUCAUCAGAUCAAGUGUUGAGCACGUCUGCAUGUGACUUCUGGUGUGAGAUUCUCGCAUCUGGGGAAAAGGUUAAGAUUGACUGGUUACCCUGCUUCUCCGAUAUAAAAACUGCACUUGAAGUAUACGGGUUUAAGCUGGAUUCACAAGAUAAUACAUCAUCGGAAGUAGUGACAACAGAUGAAGGUUCUUACUAUGGACAACCGCCUCAAAAUAUCAGAACCUGGAUCAAAUAUGUUGCUUCUUGUUUUCGAGUGAGGGGAAAAUAUCAAUUCUUCUCCAAUUCAGAAGCAGAAGAAUUGCUGGUUGAUGUUGGCUAUCUUUUCUUGGAUAGGCAUUUUAUGGGGUUGUCUGUCAUUUUAUCUGAAUGUUUGCUUUCAGCAGUUAGUUUCUUUACAGACGGUGAAUGGAACAUUAGCUGUGAGAAAAUUGCACAUUCCCUAGCUUACAGUAUACCUAAAGAUAUGAACUGCUUAAAGAUUGUGGAGAUCAUUCCUGCUGUUAAUGUACGUAGCAAGCACCUUCGCAGGACAGUAGCCUUUCACAUGCUCCAAGCUUCGUUUGAUAACAAGACUAGUAAUUCAGAAGGAAUGCUGAGAGUACUUGGGUCAAUUAGUAUGAAAGAUGAAAACAGUGACCUGUUUAAAGUGUACAUUCGCUUGAGUCUUGCAGAGAACUGGCUUUUGUGUAAUCCAUUGCUGGAGAUGCCGGCAAUGAGCAAAUUGUGGAAUAUUUUUCUCCGAAACUGCUCCUGUCAAAUAACUGUGUCCGAUAUAAGACCUUAUUCAUCAAAGGUUCGAAGCAAAGCUUCAUAUCUUCUGCAAGAUUACACCAUCAAAUGACUUCACCCAAAUAAGGUGGGAUCUUGAAAUGACGAACCACCUAAAAGGAAGACCUUCCUGAAAUAUUCUCUUUUUCUCAAAGGGUAUGUAUGAACUAAGGACUAUUGAAGGAGGGCAAUGGGAUCCACACGGCAAAGAAAAGAAAAGGAAGUUUUUUUGCAGUUGUUGUUGAAAGCCAUCAUUUUUUUCUUCUUUUGGUUUCCUCCACUCCAGACAUUUUUCAUCACCUCUUCUUCUUUUUAUAU